AUGCAGCUUACACCACGCCGCCAUGAAUUGCUUUCGGUUUAUAUGUUGGGCUUCGGUACCUUAUUCCUCUAUCUUGGCUACCACACUCAAUCGUUCAUCAGCGAAUCGAUUAUCCAUUCUGUUCACCUGAGAGAUCCUCACAGAAUAUCUGGAUACGCUGGAUACUACGGGCAAGCAAUUCACUAUAGUGCCUUUGCAAUAUCAAGUCUUUUCACUGCUUCCCUUCAACAUUAUCUGGCAUCGAAAUGGAUGCUUGUCUUGGCUACCGUAUUCUUCGCAGUUUAUCACUUGGGAUUCUUCUAUAUCAACUCCUAUUACUUCUACGCUUCACAAAUUAUGAUGGGAUUGGCAGCUUCUUUGUACAAUAAUGGUGAAGGGGCAUAUCUGGCGGAGCACUCGUCAAGAAGAACCGUCGAGUCAAACACUGGAAUAGAAACGGCUGUUGGACAUACGAGCAUGUUGGUGGGUGGUAUCGCAUUAUUGGUCGUCUUCAAAAUCUUUCCAGCAGAAGCUUCAGAAAUUGCAUCCCAUUUCCGAUCUUUCUCCGAGCAUCACAUUCAGGCUAUUUACGGCACACUGUUCGGAUUGUCACUCAUUUCAACGGUGAUUUUUGCUUUACUCCCCACAAAACAGUAUGACAGUAUCGCCAGCAAUUCGCCUCGAAUUAUUCCAAGCUUCAAAAAUCAAAUGAAGGGACUGCUCAAGACGUCAAUUCAUCCAAAUAUGAUUUUACUUACAUUUACCUUCUUCCAUAUGGGACUGUUGGUCUCAUUUUUCCUCGGUAUCUACCCUACAACACUAUCGUUCACUGCAUCAUUGGCUCAAGACGUCUACAUCGUUGCCCUAUACAGUGUCUUUGCUGGAUUAGCUGAAGUAUCCGGAGUUUUUGUGCGGCCACUUAUCAAAAAAUGCCAUUCGUAUAAACUGAUCGUCACCGUCGCCCUCCACUUUGUUACUGUAGUAGCCGGACUAGUACUAUUUCAACUCUCGGUUCCGGAGGUGGCAACAGUCGAGCCGACUGACGAGAGCGCACUGUGGUUCACACCCGGCCGUACAGUGGCGUGCAUAUUCGGAUUUCUAAUGGGUAUGGCUGACUACACGUUGACGAUGGCUCGCGCUGUGAUUUGCCAAAAAGCUGUGCCAGAGAAUCGUAUAGAAGUGUUCUCAUUAACCAGAAUAUACCAGUGCGUCGCAUCAUGCAUUGUUCUAUUCCUGUCGCCCUACAUGACCGUGACAGCCUGGACGGUAGUGCUCUCAACAAGCUUGGUGAUCGGCUGCACAUGCUUCGUGAUAGUGAUCAGAAGGACGAACAAAUCAGAGGAUGUCGUAUCACCAGUUGAACGAGUCGAUUCAAAGGAGAAAGUCAGCGCCGCCAGUAUUGCUUAG